GAUAGAUAUCCCCGACAGCUAAAUUCUGUUUGAUUAUGUUGGUAAUGCUCUCUCUUUGAGUUUCUAGAAACUCAUUUACUGCUUUUUGACUUGAAAGAGAAGCCAAUUGGUAGGUCUCCAAUUCUGGGACGUGUGUAUCUGAGUUAUGAGGUUGGUUCUUUUCCUGAGAAUCUGAUUCCUCCGCAUAUUCGAUGGGACGAGAAAAAAGAGCCUAUGUACACGACAGAGCAAGAGUAUGUUAUGAUGAGAAGACAAGUCAGGAAGAGCAAGGGAUUCGACAUCGAUUUCACACAGUUCCGCUCUGUUUUCAAUUACCGCCCUAUGGAUAUAGACGAUUUUGACUGUAAAGAGUAUUCUUUGGCACCAGAAACCACUAGGGAGUUACUCGAGAGGCUGUCUCGAAACUCCCUUAAGAACUACAACAAAGAAUGGUUUACAGAAUAUGAAUUUCUCAAUGUUGUCAAAGCCAAUUCUUACAUGUGUUCUGGGAGAAUGUAUUUCUUAACCUAUGAGGUUCGAGAUCCUUACGACAACCUGCCAAAGCUCUUCCAAGCUAGGGUCCGCUAUUAUUAUGAUGUUACGGAUGACUACAUAUUAUGCAGACCAAAACCCAAUCAGAAAGGUAUUAUUGUUCUCUUCUUUCUACGUGACUAAUGUAAUCGUUUCUAUAGAUCAUUAGGCCAGAUUGUUUGUGAAUUAGCAAUUGUGGUGUGCAUUUGUAUCAUUCUUUCUCUUUUGGUUUAUAUGAUCCUAUAUAUGUUUCUUCAUAAGACUCUUUUGUAAUGGUAAAAUUUGAUUGUUUUGUCAGUCAAAUGCGUUGGAACUUCCAGGAAACAUAAAAGGUAAACCCGUCGUUUAUCUUGAUGCAUCUCUUCCUUUAUGUUAAUAGACUCUCCAAACUCUU